GGGCUUCCAUAUAAAAGAGAAAACGCGUCACUUUGUUGACUAUCUAUAAAAAAUCAUAAUGCAUGAUACAGACCUGCUUUUUAUUUUUUAUUUUUAUACAAUGAGCAAUGCUAUGGACAUUAUAGAAGAACCCAAUAACUCGAUUGUGUUGGAUAUUCCUAGUAGUUCAGGACUGUCUAUAUCUGUUCAUCCUCUUGUGUUGUUAAACAUAUCAGACCAUUAUACACGCACUAAACUACAGAAUCCUUCUAUUAUUGAACAUGGUAAAAUGUAUGGUGCUUUAUUAGCUUCUCAAUCAGGACGUGAUAUUGAUAUCAUCAAUUCAUUUGAACUUGCUUCUCAGCAAGACCCGCAUGUCAUUUUAGACAAGUCCUUUUUACUCUAUAAACUAGAACAAUUAAAACAAGUGUUCCCAACGCUUGAUUUUAUGGGCUGGUAUUCACUUGGAUCAACACCUUCUGAGACAGACCUAAGACUCCAUGAACAAUUUCUUCAACUGAAUGAAUCUGCUUUGUUUUUACAGUUGGAUCCAAAUACAUUGACCACAAGUGGUGGUGUGAAGGAAUUCCCUGUCGAUAUUUAUGAAUCUAUCAUGGACAUUGUGAAUGAACGUACUCGACUUGCAUUUAUCAAGGCAGACUAUAAAGUAGAGACAGGCGAAGCAGAGCGUAUUGCAGUAGAUCACGUGGCUAAACCCAGUUCAUCCAGUGCAGAAACAGGCCUUGGCAGUACAUUGAUUUCUCAUUUAACAACACAAAGAAAUGCUAUUGCCAUGUUGCAUACGCGAAUUCAAUUCCUUUUACAGUAUUUAGAAGAUAUAGCAUCAGGUGUGAUGCCUAUGGAUCAUGAUGUGGUGCGUCAAAUAUCCAGUCUCUGUAAAAGAUCUCCUAUUUUAGAAAAAAAGGCAUUUGAAGAACAAUUCACUACCGAAUACAAUGAUGUCCUCUUGGUUGCUUAUUUAGCUUCAAUCACCAAGGGAUUGAACACAGUCAAUGAUUUAGUAGAUAAAUUUAAUUUAGUCCAUGGAGGCCAUGGUCCUGUUUCUAACAAGACAAUCUCCGUGAAUAAAAAAGGAAGACGUAUGCAUACUCGCCAUUAAAAAAAUAAAAAUAAAAAUAAAGGAUAGCUGUAUGUCA